UGGUGUACACAUAAUGGCGGUUCCUACUGCUUCAGCUGACGAAAAAAAACUGAAGUUGAAUUAGAGCUGUCGCUAGCUAUUUCAUCACUUUUUCAAAUAAUAAAUUUCUACAGAUUGUAGUACGUGAUGUCAAUGCAACGGAUGUCAAAAUGUGUGACAUAUGCUGCUCACUCCUAGAACUUUUUGAAAGAUAUGAUAGAGACAACCCAAACGGACUACGCUCACCCCUGGUGAAGACAGACAUAUUUAUUUUGUGCAGCUACGUUCAAGCAUGGAAUCAGAGGCAAUGCACCUGCUGUUACAAGGAACCACAGAGCUUCGACAAAUUCAACGCUGUCAUCCAAGGCUUGUUACAGACCGUACUCGAACUUUUACGGCGUCUGCCCUCACAGCUCGGUGGGGGCAUUGCCGACAGUGGCGGUCCCAGGACCCCAACAGAGUCCAAAGCCUCGGGGGAACAGAAAGGAGGAGGAGGAGGAGGAGGAAGCAGCGAGGGUGCGUCGUCCAGUGCCGCGACCAUUACUCAAGGUGGAGGCGGGUUCGAAUUGGAAACUUGGUCCCCCGAAGACCAGGAAAAGCUGUUGCAUUUUACGUCAAAGGCAUUUCUACUCAAUUUUCCACUCUACGUGGCUUUCAAGCACAGCGUCCACUCUAAGUUAGAGGAAGUUUCUCAGUCGGAGGUGACUGCGCUCAGCAGCGUCUGCGAUAUGAAUGACCUGGACAUCCCAGUGCAUCUGCUACGCAAUGUGGCCUUCUUCUGCGGAACCCAAGGCGGCCUAAGCUUGCUCACUGCAUGCUUUCGUCAGGUCCCUGCAAAUCGUCUUCCUAUUGGACUUGCACACGCCCUUGUGUCUCUCGUCUCAAAUUUAAAGCUCUGGAUGAACCUGGCAUCGAUCGUACAACACCUCGUGCCCCUGCGGUCGGCUGUUAUCAAGUACUUGUGCAGCGUAUGUGAAGGCGAGGUUCGUGGCGGAGGAAGUCGCAGCUUGUUUGAGCUGAUGCUGGGCGCUGUGAAGGAUCCUCUCGAUGUGCAGGUGUCUCUCGACAGGGAGGGGUUGGAACUGGCAUUUCGCUGUUUCACCUCUCCCACCCUCACCAUGCGGCUUUCGGGCAUUGCCCAAAUCAAUAGUCAUAUUAGCAUGUACCAGGAGCUGUGCCACAGCGAAACACUGGCUGGUGCACAGACAAUGGGGCGUGCCCUGGCCUCUUGGCUCGUGGAAUACCGUGUCGUGGAGCACCUCUUUGGUCCAAACCUUCAUGUUGAGGUGAUAAAGCAGAGUCAACUCGUGCUGAACCUUCUCGCAUCAGAAGGACGGCUAACGCCGCAACACCUCGAUGCAAUGUGGAGCGCCACACAGCUAAAGCAUUGCGGAAGGCAGGUGCUGGAUCUGUUGGCUCCACUAAUACGCAGCCUCCAUCCGCUCCCAGCACGGCACCUCUACGCUAGGCUCUGUGCUACUCCUCCACGGGAACACAACGAACAGACUCUGCUGUUGGCAUCAUCGUUAAUCAAAUAUCUUUGGGCAAGCGCUGGAGGACGCAUGCCGUCGUCUCUCGAUCCCGAAGACCGAGGCAGCCCUUUCACGCUAAUCGUGCGAGGUCAGCUGCAUGUACCACCUGAACUGCGCAGAGUGGGUAAAAAGCCAUUUGGCACCAGAGGCCUGAAAGGUGUCACUGUAGAUGGCAGCGAAGAUGAUGACGAAGAAGAGGAUGAAGAUGAUGAUGAGGGCCUCUUUCGCACUCCCAGGGGACAGUUACAAACAGUAGCAGGAGCGGCCGAGAGGCCUCCGGUUGGGGAAUCUUCGUCCGAAAGCCCAGGAAGCUCUCCUGCACGUAUGAGGGGAGUCCCAGGAAGGCGGAGUUUACAUCCGUGGACGCCUCAUCAGCAUCCUCCUGCAAGGGAUGAUGAUGAAGAGGAGGAAGAAAGUGGUAUGAGUGGAGGAGAGGAAGAAGAGGAGGAAGAGAGUGAGGAAGAACUGAGCAGCGAAGAAGAAGCGAGGCACACCACCCCAGAGCAGGCCACUGUGCACCCUCCCCCUCCACCUCCUAUUCUGGAGAGAGUGCUUACAGAGCCUGCCCUUACCACAGGGCAUGCCAUGGCUGCCUUGCAAGGGACCAACGGUAAAGCACUUGAGGAUGACCCCAAAACGGAAAGCAACAAGGCUAGAGCUUCUGUUGACAGUGACAACAAGAUGGGCAACGGGUCAUCGGCAAGUUUGCCCCGGAAUACGUCAGGGAAGCCCGAUGACGCCGCCAAUGUGGAAAGCAAAACGAGCAACGUGUCCGAGCACAGAAAUGACGUUCAGAGUGCAAGGCACAGCGGUGCAGACGGUCAUGCCAGGGUUUCGUCUCCCAGUACCGUCCCUCAGCGUCGAGAUACACCGCCUGCUUUAGACGUGGAGCAGAUAUGCCAGCCUGGCAACACUCUCCUCUGGGAUUUGUUGCAAGACGGCAAAAUCGAGGAAUUGGGUGAAGAACUGGCACUUGAGGCGGAGAAGAUCCUGUGCAGUCUCGUCUGCUGGUCCUUAGACAAAAUGAUUCGCAUGAAAUUCAUUGAGGGCUGUCUACAUAACUUGGCUAAUAGCAGGUCUGUGGUAGUUUCGCUUCGCUUGCUUCCUAAGCUCCUAGGGUCUUUCCAACAGUUCAGGGAGGGUAUUGACACUCAUUAUGUCACCAUGUGGGCCGAACGCGAGCAUCGCAUGAUGCAACAUUUUCUAAACGACCUCGUCAACUACAUGGCAACCCAUCGUGACGGGAAAGCAACGGCACACAAGUGUUACAGCCACACAGACCAGAUUCAAGUGCGGCUGCAUUUCUUGUCGUGCGUUUUUUCGACAGCUGGGUCGCCAGACUCCUUUCGCCUAAACCAAGAACAGCUCGAUGUACUGUGGUCCUGCCUUGCACUGGACCCUGAAUGCAGCAAUGAAUUGUUCUCGUGGCUUCUGAAUCAAGUUCGCAGUCGAGAACAGCAUGCUUUGGGUGCAGACCUCUUCAAGCACCUGCUACUGCAGAAGCUACCUCAACUUCCGGCGGCUACUACCAGCAUGACGGCUCUAAAUCUGCUGCAGCAGCUAAGCAGCCAAGCCCAAGAAGCAGCUAGCGCAUGUGGAAUAAACCAGCUCUGGGAAAUAGCACUAAAGGCGCUGAGUACUGACGUCAGUAUGGCUGCCAUCCAGUACCUCAACAACUUCUACUUCAACGUGCACCAUGGAACACUAGAACACGAAGAAGAAUUCAUUCAGCGCUGCAUGAAAAGCCUCUCUGUAGCCUCGGAUGCUCUAUCCAAUUCGCCGCAGCGAGAAGAGAUUACGCUGAUGGUGGUGCAGAGGGCGCUGCAGCUGCUCAAGAUGCACCUGGAAGCCUUCCUGCGGCGGUAUGCAUUCCACCUGCGGCGGUGGGCUCUGCAGGAACCACACCACGGGACAGGGGGACAGCUACCGCACCUGUUGCUUCUUCUUCCUCACCGGGCUGCAGCCAGCCCUGCGGCUCCAACUCCAACAGCACUUGAAGGGGGAGUGGGGACAGCCGGAACUCGUCUGCGUGUCGUCUGCCAACCUGCUGGGUUGCCCCACAAGAUUACGCUGGAGUUGCAGAGCAAUGACUUCGUAGCCGACUUGCGUGCCGAGGUCUCGCACUGGUGGGAGAAGCUUGAACAGGCAAGCCAGAUAGAUUCCGAUCUUGGAGGGCCGGUUCCGAGCUGUUCCUCGCCAGGGCUGAUCCGUAUGAUCACUCAGGGACAGGAGCUCACCACAGAUCUGGAUGAGAAGACCCUCUCUGAAGUGGGCUUCAAAGAUCAUCAGUUGGUGUUUGUCUCCGUGGGAGCAGCUCGAAAUGCUGGCCGCAAACGUGUGGCAGGGGGCGACGGAGUUACCGGUGGUAUGGGUCCCGAAGCAGCGUGUCUGCUUCCAUGCCCAGCGAGGGACCGCCUUCCCACUCUGCUGCUGCUGCGCCCCGCGUACCUAGAUCAGCUGUUUGCCCUGAUGCAGCAGCUGGGGAACGUACGCACCCGCAACCGUGCUGGGGAGCCAGUGCUUCACACAAAGGCCCAAGUACUCUCUCGUAGGGUCUGGGAAAUACUUACGAUGCUUCCAACAUCACCAGCCAUCUUGCGUGAUUUUGUCACCAUUGCUAAGGAUUCAACAACAGAGAGCACUGCAGCUACGAUGCACGUCCUUCUGAAUCCAGAAGUGCCACAGAAGCUGCUGUAUUCCCUGCAGAUCGUAGAGUCUCUGCGACAGCAGAGCAUGCGACCGUCUGCCACUUUGAAGGGACGAAAGGCAACACCUUCGAACAGUAAUGUCGAAGCUAGCGGGACGCAUCAGACAUGGGCCGAAAAGUUUGUGGCUUGCGGCGGACUGCGGCACCUCUUCGACAUUUUUGCCUCGGGUGUCCUGCACCCAAGGGAAGGCGAAGAAUGGAACGAGUGGGCAGAGGACUGUUUGGCGUGUCUCCUACGUGUCAUCUAUCACUUCGGUCUCGAAAGCGGGCAAGGGAUCGACAGCCCGACCGUCGACGAAGUUCCCGACACGGCGCUGGAAGCGUCGCGCAAACGAGCCAAACGCCACAAGAAAGGGUCGGUGGAGCGACUGGUAGUUCCUAAAUUAAACCAGGUGUUGCUAGACAUGCUGGGGAGUGGUGAAAAAUCUGGCAGCGAAGCUUCAGACCAGGAGUCUUCCAGCCUAGAACGUCUCCUUUCCGGUGCGCUGGGAGCAGGCACCGCAUCCUGUGACCCCCAUCAGUUGAGAACCGGCUUCUGGGGUAGGGCUCACGUGGUCCACUGUGCCAUGCGACUUCUAGCAUCCUGGGCUCACUCGCGACCUACAGAACACCUCCUACUUCAGCCUGGCUCGCGCCUCGAUUCCUGGCUCAAGCAGCUUGUCCUCGAUGACCCAGACCCUGCAGUGCGGCGUGAGGCAUGCACUGGCUUGUACAGACUAUGUCUUGGCGUUACUACGGAUGGCAAAUCGGGCCAGUCGCACGUGGGACCUCUCUUGGCAAGUCUGUUGGGAUUCUUGCCGGCUGCACAAAACAUGAAGCUGCUGCACCCUGAUGAAGGUGAAAAGGAACCAUUUGGUCCUGGAUGCAGGGACUAUUUCUUCUUGGCUUGUCAACUGGUUGAUAACCUGGAUGAUGAGGUAUUGCCAGACCAGCGGUCCCUGGUAGACCUCGACGCUCUGUCCGCUUACCUGGCCGAAGCAAUCCUGACUCGGGACAUCCGCGAGGCUCGACACGACCCGGUAGAAGACGACGGACUCUACGGGUUGCUCUCUUUGGCCACAUCAGUCGCAAAGCACAACCCUCCGUUCAAGGUCUCCAAAGAAGGACAGGAGUUUGUGCUCGGUGUCUUCGAGUGCCUGUUUGCUGUUCCAAGCGGCGGAAGCCCUCCCGGACAGCGACUUCAACCGAAGUGCAAGUCUUCCGGAGUUCGUUCCGCGGCCUACGACCUGCUCGUGGAGCUCGUCCGUGGUGCUCCGGACAACUUCCGACUGUUGCAUGCCAAACUGUUGCAGCAGCACUCCGCAAAAUCUCACAGUCCGUACCCGUGGGACUACUGGCCGCACGAAGAUGGCCGUUCGGAGUGCGGCUACGUGGGUCUGACGAACCUGGGAGCGACGUGCUACUUGGCAUCGUGUAUGCAACAUCUGUACAUGAUGCCUCAAGCUCGAGCAUCCAUACUCUCUGCAAAGAUGAUCUCUGAAGGGAAACAUGGCCAAACGCUGAGGGAGCUGCAGAGGAUGUUUGCCUACCUCCUGGAGAGCGAGCGGAAGGCAUACAAUCCUCGAAGCUUCUGCAAAGCGUACACCAUGGACCACCAGCCCCUCAACACUGGGGAACAGAAAGACAUGGCGGAGUUCUUUACGGAUCUCAUCAGCAAGCUGGAGGAGAUGACUCCACAGCUGAAAGAGCUUGUGAAAACCCUUUUCUGCGGAGUGCUUUCCAACAACGUUGUGUCGCUUGACUGUGCUCACAUCAGCCGCACUGUUGAGGAGUUCUAUACUCUGCGUUGUCAAGUAGCGGACAUGCGGAAUCUUUACGAAUCUAUGGAUGAGCUAACUGUGAAGGAUACUCUGGAAGGUGACAACAUGUAUACCUGCUCACAGUGUGGCAAGAAAGUCCGUGCAGAAAAGAGGGCAUGCAUCAAGAAGCUUCCACGCAUCCUCUGCUUCAACACCAUGCGUUACACGUUCAACAUGGUGACGAUGAUGAAAGAGAAAGUGAACACUCACUUCUCAUUUCCGCUGCACCUGGACAUGUCAAAUUACAUGGAGCAUAACUUGCUGCCCAGUCACAAAGAGCCAAAAGAGGAACCAGAAGAAUGUUACGACUACGACCUAAUAGGUGUGACGGUGCACACGGGGACAGCGGACGGCGGACAUUAUUACAGCUUCAUCCGCGAACGGCAGAAUCCUGGAAAGGACAAGUGGUUUCUCUUCAAUGAUGCCGAAGUGAAACCAUUUGAUCCAUCGCAUAUUGCAGCAGAGUGCUUUGGAGGAGAAAUGACGAGCAAGACCUACGAUUCUGUGACAGAUAAGUUUAUGGACUUCUCAUUUGAAAAGACAAAUAGUGCGUACAUGCUGUUCUACGAGCGACGGAGCGGAACAAAAGAGUCCGAAGGGUUGAUUCCACGCAGCGGAAGCAUGUCUGGAAAACUUGCACCCGUUAGUGCUGAGGCAGCAUCAGAACCAAAUGCUUCCAGCACUUUUCAAUUGUCUCCGGAGCUUGCUGAGUGGAUCUGGCAAGACAACAUGCAGUUCCUACAGGAUAAGAGCAUUUUUGACCACACAUACUUCAACUUCCUGUACCAGAUUUGCGGCUGCAUACCACAAACGUUUCCAAGUUCAGACGACAUCACAUUGCUCUCUGCCAAGCUGGGGACAUCGUUUGUGCUCGAAACCCUCAUCCAUGCCAAGGAAAAACCAACAAUAGCCCAGUGGAUUGAGCUGCUAACCAAGCAGUUCAAUGCUAGCCAGUCUGCAUGCGAGUGGUUCUUGGACCACAUGGCUGAAGACGAGUGGUGGCCGAUUCAAAUCUUAAUCAAGUGCCCCAAUCAGGUGGUCAGGCAGCUGUUCCAGAGGCUAUGUAUCCACGUGAUCAACCAGCUGCAGCCAUGCCAUUCUGCCCUUUAUCUUCAGCCUUAUCCUGACAGUGAUGAUUCGUCAGACGUGGAUCUCAGCCAGAUUGGACGAUAUUCAUGCGUCACGCGGUUCGUCAAGAAGCUUCUGUCACUGAUCGAGCAUGGAGCGAAGCAACACCUGAAGCAUUUGACAGAGUACUUCGCCUUCUUGUUGGAGUUUGCCAAGAUGGGUGAAGCGGAAUGCCAGUUCCUCCUCUCCAUCGAGGCCGUGUCCACCAUCAUCGCCUUCUAUCUUGGUCAUAAGGCAGACUACGUGGAGAUGGUGUCAGAAGAUGAGGAGGAAGAAGAAGAGGAGGAGGGUGCUGGAAUGGGUGGAGGAGGGGGAAGUGGUGCUCCAACAAAAUACCGGCCACCAUCCCUGGACAAGAUGUUGGCCCUAGUUCUCCUAUUGGUGGAGAAGUCACGGGGCCAGGACCACCGCUUGCAGCUUUCUCAAACGGAUUACAAUGCUCUCACUGGAGGAAAGGGUUUCCCGUUCUUGUUUCAACAAGUGCGAGAUAACAUAUGCCUCCGCCAGACGUGCAACCUUAUCUUCAGCCUGUGCCGCUGGAAUGACCAUCUGGCACCACAUAUAGUGAACAUGUUGUUCUCGGCCAUUACGAAGCAGCCAGAGGUCAGCAGCCCUUUCUUCAAACUCCUCUCUAUGCUUGUGGAGUUUGUCGGUGGACCUCCAGGAAUGCCAGCGUUCACGUCGCUUGUCUUGCAACGCAUUUGGGAGGCUGCGGAGUACUGCCCUCUGCAGUGCCUGGAGUGGUUGACACUUCAGGUUCCACGAAAUAAGGUGGCACACUCAUGGGUUCUUCAAAGUAUGGAUGCCUGGGUGGAGAAGUACCUCAUUGCUCAUGCUCUCCAGAGGGUUCGAAAUGUGGCUGCACUGCUGCUAGUGUCUCUGGUGCCCAGUUCCCACUUCCGUCAAGCGUUUAGGUCGGGCAGAAAUGGUCUUGCGCCACAGAAAGAUGUUCCAAUGGCGCCGGAGGCUGUCAUGGCAAUGCACCAGAUAUACGAGUUCCUGCUUAGGUUAUUAAAGAAAGCCAAGUUGUAUAUAGAUCCUGCUGUUCAUGGCACUGCCAAGCUGAUGUACUACUUCGCCGUUUUGACGUACUGCCUCGUUGGUAAACAAGAAAAACUAAUGUUUAGUCCCUACUUUUUGGACUUGUGGAACCUGUUCCAGCCUGGUCUAUCUGAGCCGGCAAUACCUGUGCACCACAACAAGCAGACCCUGCUGCUGUUCUGGUAUCAAGUAUCCGUCGACUGUGUGGAGAACAUCAAGCUCAUUGUUCAGAAUCCUCACGUAACUAAAAACAUAGCGUUCAACUACAUUCUUGCUGACCAUGACGACCAAGACGUCGUAGUGUUCAACCGGUGCAUGCUGCCAGCCUAUUACGGCCUGCUGAGGCUAUGCUGCCAGCAGUCGCGACCUUUUGCUCGUCAGUUAGCACAACACCAGAACAUUCAGUGGGCCUUCAAGAACAUCACUCCUUAUACUACACUUUACACCGCUGCUAUUGGAGAGCUUUUGAAGCUGAUGGAACUCUUUGUUUGUCCGUCCCCUGGAGCGACUGAGCAAGAGCAACGUGAAGUGACACUCUUCAAGCGCACAACCCUGAGCCUGUAUUUGGGCUUGGACCCCAGGGUUUGCUGGGCUACCUUAGUGGCAGCCCUCAGGGUGCUCGUCCAGGGUCCCCACGACAGGCUCUUUGUCCUGGCCAACAGUGGCCUCCCAGUUUUAUUCCAGGCACUGCACACCCUGCAUGUGAUGUACCACGAAGCGACGGCGUGCCACGUGACGGGAGACCUGGCCGACCUCCUGUCGUUGGCACUGGACCUGUUGCGCACUUGCACGGCCAUGCAGCAAGUGGCCCAGGAGUCGCGGUCUGCAGCGGCCAUGCUCCGUACAUGGCCAGAGCUGGGAGACACCCUGCGACGCCUACUAACCCUGCUCAACACAUAUGUGCCUCCGCAAGUUCGUCUGCUCUGCCUCGACGUGCUAAAGGAACUGGUGAUGCUUCAGCCUCGAGAAACUGUGACCUCCAUCGUGCCUCUCCUUGCAAGCUGUCACAGCACAUUCCUCGAAAGCAGUGGUCUUAUGACAACUGGGCCCUACUUCCCAAGAAGAGGUCAAAAGGGCUACCCUACAAAAUCUGCUGUUCGUCCACAGAGACCAAUCUUACAGAUGUUCCUACACCUGAGUCAACUCGAAGCAUCAAAGGGAGUGGAUGCAGAGUAUGACCAGGCCCUUUUGGAUUUCUUCCUCCCUUACCACCGCUUUGUGGAAACAGUUUUUCGAGCAGCAAUCGGGCAGAAUAUUGUCACUCAGGAUCUCGUCAAUCUCAGUGCAAUGGUUUCUAUUGAAGGAAUUCCUCUUCACAUUGACCUCAUUCCAAAACUAUGGCUUGAAGUACUUGAAGGAGAUAAUGCUAAAGAAUUUGGAGAGUUCCUCCGUAACAGCAGCUACGUAACAAACUGCGUGUCUGCGGUUCUCCUGGAGGAGCGGGGCUACCUCAACAAUCCCAUGGUGUUUCGACUGUUCUCCUUGCUUGUGCCAAAGGUCGGCAAACAAGUACUGAAAGAGAGUGUAACAAACCUCAUCCUGUCGAGGGCCGUGUCCCUCGUAAUGUCAGACUCGUCCGGAGACGUGUUGAAACACGCUCGCCGUAUCACUGCCGACCUUCGUGCGACGCUAUUAGUGCUGCUGGUGCAGAAAAACAGCGCCAUAUGUCCUGGGCUGGCCGAGUACUUGGACACGUUGGAGGCCCACUGUAAGGAUAGUCUGCAUCCAAAGGAGGAGGGAACCUCCUCUGUAGAAACAGCAAAGGCAACAGAAGAGACAACAUCAAAUGGUGAGGAAAUAGGUGACCCGGGUUCAGAUAACCCGCCUCCGAAGAAACCACGGAGCACGGAAAUGGAAAACGGGGAGACCAACAACGUCACGAAACCCUCGACUCAGCCGGCUGGUGCAUCCGACUCGGAAACCGUGCGAGUUAUGUUAGAAACGGUGAAGGAGCUGCAAACGGUGCUGGCGAAACAGGAACAGCCCUCCUCGUCGAUGGAAGCAUCUUAGUGAACAUUUCUAUGUGGCUCAAACGUAUUGUCAUGGAGCAAUAGUGUGUGGUAGUGUUGUUGUGUGCAACCGGUGCUCUGAAAAGUGGCACAGAGGCAAAAAACAAAACACAAAAAAAAACGUGCAUUUGAUCAUCUUCAAUAGGAUGUAGUUCCAAAUGGUGGCCUGCCUAGCGGCCAGUUCCUGUUUUUAAUGUCACUUUUUUCUUUGCGUCUUUGGUUGAUGCACUGACGGAACAGAGCCUGAUGGCGCGGAGCAGUGGGCGGAGAAAAUGAGCUCAGAAAAAAAGGGAGAUCGAGUGUGGCCAACUUAAUGUCAAAGUGUUACUGUUUUGAAGCAUGGAAGAUCUUCUCAAUGUGUGACCAUACAAGAUCAAUUUUUUUUGUUUCUGUUCAAGUUGUUCGUUGCUUCAGACUGAAAAGGAAAAAAAGAAACGAAACAGACGGGGCGCAAUCUGUGCUCGAAGUAAUGGAACUCUGUCCUGCUUGAUUUUUGCGCGAGUGAGCCUUUAUAUGUAUGCCAGCACUGGAUGGGGAAGAUCAGUUCAGAAUAUGAAAUCAUAUUGUACCGUUUUCUUAUUGUUACUUUUAUUAUGCCUUUUUGCAUUUUAGCUUGUACUUAGGUACGGAGCAUUUCACGCAGAAAAACGAUGUGUCGUAAAACAAAAAAAUGCACACUGCUCGUUGCUGCCAGACAGUCAAUAGUCUCUGUAGCCACGAAUCCACGGCUUUUCGGGUUUCUCAUUCUGUAAGACCGCGGUGAUCGUACCGGUUGAAACAAAACCCUUCCCUGCUCUUUUUUUCCAUGUUGUCCUUCCUGUUUUUCUUUGCUGUUUAAACACCAGCUGUGAUACACAUAAGCCUUUUGGACACUGUAAAAGGUAUUAACAUCUUUCUUUUUUCUUCUACGCAGUGAAAGCCUUCACUGUUAAAGAAAUAACACCUUCAUAUGUAAAAACGAAUGUGGAAAAACUAUGAAGCGCUGUCAAAACAUUUGCCUGCCUAUAAAUAUAUACAUAUAUAUUAUAUAUAUAUGAUGUAUAAUGUACAUAAAGUGCUUUUGUUAUUGCAAAAUUGCAAACUCACAUGUGGCGUGUUGGUACACACUGCUACAUUUUGGGCGGGGAGUAGACACCAGCCUCGUGCGAGGUUGCCUUUUAAGUUAUUACAGGCAAUUAUUACAGUAUCACUAAGGCCUAUCUUUGGUUGAUAAGAGAGUAGGAAAAUUUGCAUAUUUAUUGCAGAGUUUUUUUUUUAAUAGGCAAAGGAAAUGGGGAGAUAGAAUGGGUCUUGGUGGUACAGUUGUGAGCGUUCCCUGUUUGUGUACUUUCUGUUUGAUUGAAUGUACAUAUUAUUUUUAAAAAAGAAAUGGCGCAUGGUGCUGUUCUCAAAUGUUUGUUUCUCAAUGUUUCUUUCCAACAUUUCUGGACAUCACAGUCUUGUGUUGCUGUAAGCCACCACUUUCUCUCAUGUGAUGCUGUAUCCCAUCAUCACUUGCAAUGAUAAAGAAAGAAACUUGCUAAAUUUUGUUACUUAGGUAGUACAGUUCUUGUUAGACAUUACAAAAUCCCAUGUUAAAACUGCAGUCUGAGCUUCUUGGCGCAUAUUUUAAAAUAGAUAAAGACGAAUCGAGAUUUUGCCUGCAUUUGUCAUUUCUACUCAUUUCAUCUUUGUCAGCCGAAAUUUCCACCUUAAUAACUUGUUUUUCCUGCUCAUCAUUGGAAAACAAUCGCUCAUACUCCAAGUCAUUAUUUGUUGUAAUAAAGCGGUAAUUUAUGGUA